GGCGGAGCGCCGGUCCCCGGAGGGAAGCAGACGCGCGCCCGCCGCCCCGCGCUCUCGGGAGCGGUGAGGGGCUCGCUCCUCCCGGGGCCUCUGCGCGCGGCCCCAGACCCACGCCCUCGCCCCGCGGCGGACAGCGGCCGAGGCCCCGCCUUUUCGCACGUGUUUCCAGGGGCGUCAGCGGAAGGGGCGGGGAGGGGAGCAGCGGCGAGGGGGGAGGCUCGCGGGCCGGCGGCGCCCUGACCCGCAGCUGACCGUGACCUCCUGGGCGCAGGCCCACGCCCAGCCGCCGAGCCGGGGGCAGCCCCUUGCUUCUUGCAGACAGCCGGCCAAGGCCCCGGCUUCCCGGGGUCCGCUGGGCCCCCCAGGGAAGUCCCCGCACCGGCCGCCCUGCCUGCGUUUGGGGCUGCACAUCCGGUUUCUCGGGGGUGUCUGUGGGAGCGGAACCCCCGCCGCUGUUCUCUGUGAACAGGAAUUACCAAUAGAGCAAGUAUGCUAAUAUUGAAUAAGAUAGCAAGAGUUUUUCCUAAACCAUCAAGAAGGAAAAUUUAUGAGUAUUUACGAAGUUUCCAUUUAAAUCCUGGGAGAGUCUCUCUUCACAAAGUGGUGUUGGGAAUUGAGACCAGUUGUGACGACACGGCAGCUGCUGUGGUGGAUGAAACUGGAAAUGUUUUGGGAGAAGCAAUACAUUCCCAAACUGAAGUCCACUUAAAACUGCACAUGGCGCCAUUUGCAGCUGAGAGGAAUGUAAACCAACGGAAAGAUGAGGCACUAAAUCAGCGCCGCGGGGAGUUCACGGUCGUGCGUGCUGUACUGCCGCCUGGUUUUGUAGCCACUUCCCGUCGCUCUUGCCGUGAGCUCUGGUGUCGAGAGCAUCCCUUACAGGCUGCGUGGCUCCAAUCGCCUCUCCGUGGCAUCAUCCCUCCAGUAGCUCAGCAGCUUCACAGAGAAAAUAUCCAGCGAAUAGUGCAAGAGGCGCUGUCCGCCAGCCAAGUCCCGCCGAGCGAGCUCUCGGCCGUCGCGACCACCACCAUGCCCGGCCUCGCGCUGAGCCUGGGCGUGGGCCUGGCGUUCAGCCUGCAGCUGGUGGGCCAGCUGAAGAAGCCCUUCAUCCCCAUCCACCACAUGGAGGCUCACGCGCUCACGAUCCGGCUGACGAAUGAAGUGGACUUUCCUUUCUUAGUUCUCCUGAUUUCUGGAGGCCACUGUCUGCUGGCCUUGGUCAGAGGAGUCUCAGACUUCCUGCUUCUUGGACAGUCUUUGGACAUAGCGCCGGGUGACAUGCUUGACAAGGUCGCGAGAAGACUGUCUUUGGUGAGACACCCGGAGUGCGCCGCCAUGAGCGGCGGGAGGGCCAUCGAGCACUUGGCGAAACGGGGAAACAGACUGCGUUUUGAUCUCACACCGCCCAUGCAUCGUGCUAAGAACUGUGACUUCUCUUUCACGGGACUUCAGCAUGCUAUCGAUAGGAUAGUAACAAAGAAGGAAAAAGAGGAAGGCCUGGAGCCGGGGCAGGUCCUGUCCUCGGCCCCCGACAUCGCGGCCGCCGCGCAGCACGCCACCGCCUGCCACCUCGCCAAGCGCACGCACCGCGCCCUCCUGUUCUGCCAGCAGAGAGGCCUGCUGCCCCCCAGCAACGCCGCCCUGGUUGUGUCUGGAGGAGUUGCCAGCAACUUCUACAUCCGGAAAGCUCUGGAAAUUGUAACAGAUGCCACCCAGUGCGCACUGCUGUGUCCUCCCCCCAGACUGUGCACGGACAAUGGCGUGAUGAUCGCGUGGAACGGGAUCGAGAGACUGCGUGCCGGCGUGGGCAUUUUGUACGACACAGGCGGCGUCCGCUAUGAGCCGAGAUGUCCUCUGGGGGUGGAUAUAUCCAAAGAAGUUGCAGAAGCCGCCAUAAAAGUUCCACGAUUAAAAAUGGAGAUUUGAGCCCGGCCGGCAUGGCUCAGUGGUUGGGAGUCAACCUAUGAACCAGGAGGUCAUGGUUCGAUUCCUGGUCAGGGCACAUGCCUGGGUUGUAGGCUUGAUCCCCAGUAGGGGGUGUGCAGGAGGCAACCAAUCAUUGAUGUUUCUAUCUCCCUUCCUCUCUGAAAUCAAUA